AUGGACGACCCUCCAUUCAAUGCCCCAGACCUGUCAAUUCAACGAGCCGAGGUACAUGACAUACCUCACAUCCAGUCCAUCAUUCACGAAGCCUACAGAAAAUACAUUCCACGAAUGAACAAGCUACCAGUUCCAAUGACGACAGACUACAUAUCCCUUCUCGCGUCGCCAGACCAUUCAAUCUUCGUCCUCCGACCUACCAACAAAGAAAUAGUCGGCGCGCUAAUCCUUUACCACAACACCAAGGAUGAGGUUCAGAUUGACAACGUCGUCGUUGACUCAAAGGCCCAAGGCUGUGGAUAUGGCAGAGUAUUGAUGCGAUAUGCUGAAGACUUUGCAAAAUACCGCGGGCGCAACGCUCUAAUAUUAUACACAAAUGUAGUUAUGGUGGAAAAUCUGGCUCUGUAUCCCAAAAUGGGCUUUACUGAAACUGGGAGGCGGACAGAGGAAGGGUUUGAACGUGUAUAUUUUCGUAAAGAGCUAUUGUAA